AGGGUAGAACCAGCUGUAGGGGGCGUUGACCUCGUUCUAGGGACAGCUCCGUGCCUUCGGGCGGGACAGAUCCUAGCUGGGAGCGGCUGGGAGCGCGGACCCUCCAGGAUGAGGCCGGCGCUAGUCCUGUGCCUCCUCUGGCUGACCUUCUGGUCCCGGCAGGGCCGUAGCGAGCACCCCACCGCCGACCGCGCGGGAUGCUCGGCCUCGGGGGCCUGCUACAGCCUGCACCACGCGACCUUCAAGCGGCUGGCGGCCGAAGAGGCCUGCAACCUGCGCGGCGGGGCUCUCAGCACGGUGCGCGGGGGCGCGGAGCUCCUUGCAGUGCUUGCUCUCCUGCGGGCAGGCCCGGGACCCGGAGGGGGCUCCAAAGACCUUAUAUUUUGGGUGGCACUGGAGCGCAGGCGAUCUCACUGCACCCUGGAGAACGAGCCAUUGAGGGGUUUCUCCUGGUUGUCCCCCGACGUCGGCGGGUCGGAAAACGACACGCUGCAGUGGGUGCAGGAGCCCCAACGCUCUUGCACUGUGCGGAGUUGCGCGGGACUCCAGGCCACCGGGGGAGUCGAGCCCGCAGGUUGGAAAGAGAUGCGCUGCCACCAGCGUGCCAACGGCUACCUGUGCAAGUACCAGUUUGAGCGCUUGUGCCCCGCGCCACGCCCCGGGGCCGCCUCUAACUUGAGCUACCGCGCGCCCUUCCAGAUGUACAGCGCUGCGCUGGACUUCAGUCCCCCCGGGACCAAGGUGAGUGCGCGCUGCCCCGGGCAUCAACUCAUCGCAGCCACCUGCAUCGUGGACGAGGUCGGCGCGCGCUGGGACGGGAUACCCUCCGGGGCCGUGCUCUGUCCCUGCCCGGGGAGGUACUUGCGUGCCGGCAAAUGCGCGGAGCUCCCUAAUUGCCUAGACGACUUAGAAGGCUUUGCCUGCGAGUGUGCCGAGGGCUUCGUGCUGGGGAAAGACGGACGCUCUUGUGUAACCAAUGGAGAAGGACAGCCGGACCCUGAGGGGACCAAGGUGCCCACCAGGCACCCGCCGGCCACUGCAGCCAGCCCCGUGCCGAAGAGAACGUUGUCACCCAGGGUCCAUGAGAAGCCAGGAGAGAUACCCCAUGUCCCUGGACAAGGCAGUUCAGCAACAUCUAUUCCCGAGAUUCCUUGGUGGGGAGCACAGAGCACGAUGUCUUCCUCUCAAAUGUCCCCUCAAGCCGACUCAAAGACCACCACCACUUCUUCAGGAAGCGUGCUUCCCGAGUUUAAUUCCACAUCUUCCUCUACGAUUCCCCAGGCUUUUGACUCCUCCUCCACCGUGGUUUUCAUACUUGUGAGCAUAGCAGUAGUAGUGUUGGUGAUCUUGACCAUGACCGUGCUGGGACUUUUUAAACUCUGCUUCCACAAAAGCCCUUCCUCCCAGUCAAGAAAGGGGUCUUUGGCCCCUUCGGGCAUGGAGAGUGAUGCCGAGGCCACUGCUCUGCGCCCAAGUUCUGCACAUUGCACAGACAAUGGGGUGAAGGGCACAACCUGUGGGACAGAGCAGAGGGCGCCUCACUGACGGGGUCCUUCUUGGCUCCAGGGACACAUAUGGAAACCAGGGGACAGUGAGCACUUCUUGUAAGCAGUUUUUCACUUUCAGGGAAAAGGGAAAAGAAGAGGAACUUAUUUGUGGGACUGAUGACUCCUACAGAUGUUUCCUUCCUUUAAAUUUCCUCUCCUCCACGGAGGAGCUACAUCUGAACUGAACUACAUCUUCCCUAAGAUGGAAGAGGUGGACGUGCCUUAAGGUGUUACUGGGGCCCCAGAAUUCUACUGGGGAGAGGUAUUUUCUUGUGUUUAUCCUAGGGGAUCUGGAGAAGUGAUGGAACAUUUAUAAGACACUGGAAACAAACAGAAAACAAUACAAUUUUUUUUAAUUUUAUUUUUUAUCAAGAUGGAAGGAAAAACUCUGCCUACAUUGUUCAGGCUGGGAGUAUAUUGGUUUACAAUUUUCAGGCAAAAAGAUAAAUAAAUAAAGGAUUGUUGAUGACCCAGGCUCAAAUAUCAUGGGUUUCUUGGAGAAGUAAUUAUUUAGGAAGAGCAACUGAGGGACAUGCUGGGAGUAGGAACAAAAGUAGAUACUGCUUUUAGAUGGAGGGGGAAAUCUUUAAGCCCUUGUAAUAAAGAGCAGAACUUUAAGAAUUAGUAACUUUUUCCUUGGUUCUUUUAUACUUUGCUUUCAAAGUCACAGCUAUGCAAGUGCCCUGCUAUAAAUCCAAACUGUAGUGCUGCCAGAGUUGUUGGCUCUGGAAGCAAAUUACAGUUGACCACCAAUUCAAGUGUUUACUGUGUGUCCUUGCUCAAGGAAACAAAUGAUUUGUUUUUCUCUUCCAAUGUUUGUGCUCUCCUGUGUAAUGACUUUCCCAACCAAAUAGCUCUCUCUUAAAUAUCAGGAUGCUGAUCCUCACUUCCAAUUAUGGCAAUGUUAAUUUUCAAUUAAACCGUUAAUGCUAAGUAUUGAUUUUAAAUCUUCUGGGUGCAUUAAAACAAAAGUAGGCUGGAUUUCCUCUGAAACUGCUAGAUUAUUAUGCACUGUUUAAUCUAUGAAAAAACUUGAAUUCCAAACCAUUUUCUUCCCCUCUUAAUAAAAGUGUAUGCAGUGACCAUA